AUGUCAUCUUUACUUUAUAUUCCAUGUGCAUCUCUUACCAAAGAAGAUAUUGAAAGUUUAGUGAAAUUGUGUUUAUCUGAUGAUGUUCAACGUGUGGAUACACAUGGAGCAAGAAAAGUGGCGUUGAAAUAUGUUUUGAAUAUGCACUCGGUUGGUUUUGAUUUGUCGAAAUAUGUCACACAUGAACAAAUUCAUAGAUUUAAAGAACAAUUUGAAUAUUUGAAACAAAUUGAUCUAUUUAAAAAAGAAUUCGAUAACAAUCAUGAUGAAAAAUAUGAAUUCUAUUGGGAAUUGAACAAUAACUCACCGAAUAUUCAUUUAUUUGCAAAAAAUACACGACAAUUCACAAAUACAAAUGGAUUUUCACCCGAACAAUUGAAAAUUUAUUUUAAUACAAAGCAAAUUGCAAAUAUUCCAUAUUCAAAUGCAACUUUUCAAUCGGCAGGUUUUGUUGAUGCGGAUGUGAAAGCAAAUCUUAUGAAUUUUCCUAUCGAAGAACGUCAAAACGAAGGAAUUAUCAAUACAAAACAAGGAAGAGUCGAACAAGUUAUUUUCGAUAUUCCGCCAGGAAAGCAAAUCAUCAUUUUAGAUUUUGCCGAUGAAAGAAUGCCAGGAGGUCUAUUUCUAUACGGUGCUCGCACCCAAGAAGAAACAAUCUGUUAUCAUUCCGAUACAUAUCGUGCAUUAAUGGAUUUUAAGUACACUCGCUUCGACGGCGGAUUCUUCAUUCCAGAAUUUGGAUGUUUAUACAUGAAAAAUGUGAAGUUUUAUAAAGCACCGGAUAAUCGAGAAUUCGCAAAAGUCGACGUGAUUGCUGGUGCAUGUUAUGAUUUGACACGACAAGAAGGUUUAUAUCACGUGCCAGAUUCGAAUGAACAAAUCGAAGUAAAUACUCGAAAGAAAUUUCAAACGAUUAUCUCAGCUGCACAAGCGAAUAGUGAAAAGAAUGGAAAAGAAACAUAUUUGAUUUUGGGACCAAUUGGUUGUGGUGCUUUUCAAAACAAUAUUCAUACCAUUGCUAAACUAUGGGCAGAAGUUUUAUUCGAACCAUUGAAUGAUCGAUUCAAUACUCAGCAACGACAUGCUUUUCAACACAUUUGGUUUCUUAGUGGAACAGAACAGAAAUUGAAAGCCUUUGAAGAUGCUUUUCAUCUUGAUAUAAAUCAACGAAUAAAAUAA